CAUCAGCCUCGAGCUGUCAAAUCCCUAUCACGUCACAUUUGCACCGACUCCCUCUUGCAUCACAGUACACAAGGUGGUUUUCAGUAUCGAAGAACUUGGCAGCUAUGGACAAGGCUCCCGGACAAGAGGGCAGAGGAUCUAUUACCGACUGGGUCAAACCGGGUGACAAGAGCGGCGAAUUCAAGCGCCAAACCUCAGUGUUUAGAAACUGGAUCGAGAACAAGCCCAAUGCCGAAUUCCCACCAGAAAAAGGCCGAUACCAUCUCUACGUCUCUUAUGCCUGCCCAUGGGCGCACCGGACACUGAUUGUACGCCACCUCAAGGGUCUCGAAGACAUCAUUUCGUACAACAGCGUGCACUGGCACAUGGGCGAAAAGGGAUGGCGCUUUGCCACGCCCGACGAGCAGGUCCCAGGCGCCACGAAACCGGACCGGCUGCACAACGGAUACACACAUCUCCGCGACAUCUACUUUGAGCAGAACCCAGACUACGAGGGCCGCUUCACGGUGCCCACGCUGUACGACAAGAAGACGAACAAGAUUGUCAGCAACGAGUCUGCAGAGAUCAUCAGGAUGAUGUACACGGCUUUUGACGACAUCAUCGAUGAGAAAUAUCAAAACGUAGUCUUGUUCCCUGAGAACUUGCAGAAAGAGAUUGAGACGAUGAAUGAUUGGGUCUACAACGAUAUCAAUAACGGAGUGUACAAGUCGGGAUUUGCUACGACCGAGGAGGCCUACACAAAGGCCGUGACGCAACUCUUCCAGUCUCUGGACCGCGUGGAAGAGGCGCUCGCCCAGUCGUCAACCCCAUACCUCCUUUCGGCACCGCACGUCACAGAAGCAGAUGUCCGGCUUUAUACCACCAUUAUCCGCUUCGAUCCCGUUUACGUCCAGCACUUCAAGUGCAACAUUCGUGAUAUCCGCUCGGGAUACCCGCACAUCCACAAAUGGCUGAGGCAUCUGUACUGGGACUACCCUGCCUUCAAGGAAACCACAAAUUUCGAGCACAUCAAGAAGCACUACACCAAGAGCCACAGCCAGAUCAAUAAGUUCCAGAUUACGCCUGUUGGACCGCUGCCCGAUAUCUUUGCCAAGGACGACGAGGUGCCUAGUGUGAAGGCUGCGUUGAACAAGUAGGCACACCAUAUAUGUGUGUGUGUACAUGAAUAUAAAUACUUUUUUCUUUCUUCGUCCGAUAAAGACAUCACUA